UUAAACUGAAAGCACUUGAGCGCAUGGCCACACUAAAAAUAUCGAUAAGCCUGCUGAUGAUUGCUGCGUCCAUAAUUUGUAUUUGUUUGUUCUCAAAUGGUUUUAUAUUUCAUGUUCCAAAUUGACUGCAUUGAAAGAUUACCCGAGUAUCAAUCAUCCCGAAUAUUGCCUAAUCAGGUAUCCGGCCGCCACUCUCCGAAUUUCCAGCGAACUCCAACAUGAAUGUCUGUCGCCUGUGCUUGUCAAACGACGCCAACUUUCCUGUUUUCGGCACAAAUGGAACGACUGCAUUGAGGAUAAUGGUCUGCACGUCAGUGGAGAUCGAGCCCGGAGACGGUCUGUCACAGAACAUAUGCACCGUGUGUCGGUUGCGACUGGAGGAGAUGCACUGCUUCCGACGACGCUGCCUCACGGCCGAUCGCCGGUUGAGGCGCCACAAGGCGUUGCAACGCCAGGGGGUCAAAUCGCAGCUGAGCGAAUUGGAGGAAGACCGGGGUUCGCUGCGCGAUGUGGCUGGCUGCACGGCCACUGCCUGCUCCGAGAACAAUGCGCAGUGGCGCCAGCAGGCUGCUCAGCUCAUUCGCAGCGAGAUCGACGCCUAUAAAAAGGAGCUGCUCAGCACUUGCAAGCAAGCUGUGCGGGCGGACAUCGAGCUGGAGCUGCGGGCGGAACUCGAGGAGGUUAUCAUAGCCGAGGCCAAACAGCAGUUGCGCCUCACUGUCCUGGACGACGUGUUCGACGAACUGGAACGCUACUUUGUGCGCAAGCGCAACGAGGCGUCCCUCGAGUUAAGGAUGAGCUCAAACAGUCAUCUGUCUGCUGAUCAGUCCGACGGUUUUUACGAAGCAGAGUUAGGCGAGGAGCUAGUGGAGCACAACGAUGACAGCGUGGUGGAGCUACUGGAAGAUGAACCAGAAGCCAGCAGGCAGCCAGCUGCAACGCCCCUAGUUGCCGUGCCAAUGGUUGAGAUCAACAUGAACGAUCCCCAGCUGAGUCAUCUGCGCGACGAUUUCAGCAAGGACACCUUUCUGGAUGCUUUAAACGACGUAAGAACCGAAUCGCCUUGCAAAAAAGUCCGCUUUGUGAGCCCCAAAAAGAAGAACGAGCAGCUCUGCCGUAAGCACAGCUCCUUCAAGAACAGAAACCCCAAGUCGUACGCAGAUUUUAAUAGUUGUGUGCGCUGUCGUCUCAGAGGAGCGGAUAAGCGAAAUAUCACCGUGACGUAGCCAGUAAAAGUCUUUCAGAGCAUUUACACGCUAUAUGUAUUGCGAGUGUA